GCCACACCACUAUUUACACGCCCAAAAUCCAAUCAAUUGAAACGCAACGAAAAAUACAAGUACAAGAUAACAACAUGAAAACUCUGGAGAAAUGUGUCCUGGCCGUGGUCGUGCUCUGCUGUCUGCUUCAAGUGGGCCAGGCGAUCAAAUGCUGGGACUGUCGCAGCGACAACGAUCCCAAAUGCGGGGAUCCCUUCGACAAUAGCACCCUGGCCAUUACGGACUGCCAACAGGCGCCGGAGCUGGAGCACCUGAAGGGCGUCCGACCCACGAUGUGCCGCAAGAUCCGGCAGAAGGUCCAUGGGGAGUGGCGGUACUUCCGGAGCUGCGCCUACAUGGGCGAGCCCGGAAUAGAGGGCGAUGAGCGUUUCUGCCUGAUGCGAACCGGCAGCUACAACAUCUUCAUGGAGUUCUGCACGUGCAACAGCAAGGACGGAUGCAACUCGGCGGGUGUCCAUCGCCUCGGCUGGAUGGCCGCCCUUUCUGGCACUCUGGCUUCCGUCCUAGUGGCUCAUUUCCUGCGGCAAUAGUUGGAUCUGAGUUCUCAAUUUCUUGACAUUUCCAGGUCUCCUUUGCCGCAAGACUGUACAGAGUCAAAGAGGGACUUAUAAAAUUUAUAAACCCUAUUUUUUGGGUCAAUAUUAGUUAAGAACAAGUGUGUUGGUGACAGAAAACUUGGUUUCAAUUUUUUUUGUAUUCCCCUUUUAUAUAUUUUAAUUGAAUUUAUUUGUUUCUUGCAUAAUUGAACGUAUUACCCAAAUAGUAAUCAAUAUGCAGGGUUGCAACAAAAACACGUCUUGUACAAUUUAAAUCGCUAUGCGAUUUCAGUGCCCUCAAUAGUUCUUAAAAUUAUGGAACUCGGUAGUAAUGUAAGGGCUUAUUUUUAAAGGGUACAUCUCCAAUUUACUGCAUAGAAUGAGCGAUAAAUCCUGUAAAUUUCAUAAAUUAUAAGCUAAACAAUGUUAGUUGUUUAACGCAAUUAACUUUUAUCUGAUUAACACCUUCCCCACUCAAAUAUUCAAAAACGCCAAGUUUUUUGUUACCAAUAUUCGUUUAAACCGGCUAAGUUACACAAUUUUAGCUACAAACAAAAAUUGUAUUACUUACAAUAACUUUUUACAAUAUCCCUGUCUUGACUUAUGAACAGUCUUGUAUAAAAUGAGCAUUAUGUAAUGAAGUGCCUUUCUGUAAACGACUCGAAACGUAUCUUAAGCCUCCCAAACUAUUUCCGUCCAAAAAUUAUAUUACGCACAUACCGAGCCAUCUUGUAAGCUCAAUGUUGAAAUCUCCGCUACUUUCUACUUGUGUUUAGCAAUGCGUAUACAAAGAACACUAGUUUUUAGCCAGCAGAAUUGCAAGUUUUAUUUUUAUGAAAAGACAAUUAGAACAUUUUUGUAUUGAAAUAAAAAAUUUAUACACCAA